AUGCAGGUGCUGAUGUACGUAGCAGUGAUCAGCGUAGCCAUGCGCAUUGUUCGCCACGAGGCUGCGUGCGCUACAGAAUUAGAGUCAAACAGCAUCGCUCUCCCGUACGCUCUAGCAACCAGACACCCGGAGCAUCGCCAGAUGUUCUGCUGCAACUCUACUCGAGUCUCUGCAACUCUGCAAGAGGCACGCAGGGGUUAUCCGACGACCCAAUUGGUGGGCUAG